UUUAAUGUAUCGGAAAAUUUCAUAAGAUCCUUCACUUUCUACGACUCAGGUAAUGUGCCUGGGUACUUAGAAAGCUUGAUUAGAUAGAAUAGAUGGAUUAAAGGAAAUCGGUGCGUUAUUAAAUAACAAAAUUACGCUCAAUAGAUUUCGCUUGUGGUGGGAAAAUACCUGCAUUUGCAGAAAUUGCAAAGGAGUGGAUUUUAUGCGGAAAUUGACUUAAGAAUGGAAAAGCUUUGGAUCAUUUGCUGCAAAAUAAGACUUGCUUGAAAACGGAAAAAAACUUGCUUCAACGAGCUAAGGUUUGAGGCGUGAAUUUCGUAUAAAAAGUGCAUCUUUAUGUGAUGGGAUUUGUUUAAAAUAUCAUUAAACAUAAUAAAAUCCAUUAACAAUGUUGGACUAUUGUGGGAACGAGGCAGCGAACGCUGGCUACCAGACGGCCUCAUCAUCUAUGACAUCAUUAUUUGGCAUGGGCAUGUCGUCACCGCUUACGUCAUCGGAAUCUCAGCAACGUCAUUCAGCGUUCGUUCUCAGCAGCCCGCAGCUAGCCGCGCUACAAAACCUCACAGAAAUGAAGGCGCCGAUAACCACUUCCGGUUCGGAUUCCGGUCUCUCUAGUCCCUAUUCACAGUCAACGUUAAAACACCUCGGACUCUCGUGGGCGCAAGCGACCCCACAUAGAAUUUCAGACAUUUUGAGCCGCCCCCUAGGCUCCUUUGGGAUGUCCCCAUUGAACGCAGGGAUGUACCUCCAUCCCCAAGCUAGAUUUUCCAAGCUCGCGGAACUUCCGGGCCGCCCGCCGAUCUACUGGCCAGGAGUCAUGAGCAACCAUUCCUGGCGACCCUCAGGUCAGUCAAACGUCAUCAUAGAUCGUGACGGAAAGAAGAAACAUACGAGACCCACGUUUUCCGGUCAGCAGAUUUUCGCGCUCGAGAAAACGUUCGAGCAGACGAAAUACUUGGCGGGACCGGAAAGAGCUAGACUUGCGUACGCACUCGGCAUGUCCGAGAGUCAAGUUAAGGUGUGGUUCCAAAACAGACGGACGAAGUGGCGUAAAAAACACGCGGCCGAAAUGGCGACUGCGAAGAAAAAACAUGAUGACGUCACAGACGCUUCCGGUCAGAGUGACCUGGAGGACGAAAUGACCGGAAGUUGCAGUCCUUUGACAGACGAGAGCUUAGAUUUUGGCUCAUUUAAGUGAUGUAAUGUUGAUUGAUGCUUUAAUGGACUAAGAAAGUGGUAUUGUCGGAUUUGGGGCGAUUCGUGAUAUUUUACUGAAUAAGAUAAAUUCCAAAUUCGGAAUACAACAGUUUAUAAUUUUCAAAUCUAUUUGUCAGCGUUAUACAAGGGUCUACGGUAACAUUAUUGUUGCAAAUACAUAUGGUAUUUUUACAUAGCUUAUACUUACUCAAGGACCGCAUGAAAAAGUUGUUAAAAAUCAACAAACGUUGAUGUCAUGUGAAUUUCCAAUAAUCAAUGAGCUUUAUGUUAUAGAUGCAGUUAUUACUUUCGUCGCAAAGUAAAUAAGAGAACACUCAUAAAAUCGGAGUUGAAAGUAUAUUGAUACGUGAGAAAACUUGUAACAUUGUGUAUAUAAAAUUAAUAUGUUAAGCCUACAUUUCUACAACGAGGUUCGUCGACCUGGUAACAUUAGAGAUCAAAUAUCUUCAUAUAGCUAAAGAUUGUAAAAUGAUUUUUCGAAAUGCAUCGAACUCACAUACGAUCUACAUUGAAAACAAAAUUCAAUUAAUUGAAACGCCUUUGCACUGAGGCAAUGAUAUGCAUUCCCAUGAACCGAACGUGCCAAAUCAGGUAUGUUUAUUAUGACCACGUGCUCUUAUGCGAAAGGAUUUGCACAAAAAACCUCCAAACAAAGACCUUUGUUACAUUAAAUGAAACUCCUUAUUUGAAUUUAAGUCUUAGGCUACCUUUGGCAUUGACACAUUCUUGUUUUCAAACUAAUUCCUACAUCCAAAGUCAACUGUACAUGAUCUUAGGUUAUCAUUUAUUACUUUCUCCGUUCCCCACACGUUGGGUUAGUUUUCAUUUUUAAAACAAGCGUGCUUUCAUCAAACAUUAAUACGGACAGAUAAGGGACAAAGACGUAUCGGGCAGGCAAAUAAAGUCGGCGUGCAUUGAAUUGCUGCCGCAAAGUGGACCGAUGUAUGUCGUGAAAGAGAACGCAAUUAAUCAUGCACCUAUCAGCCAUUUCUCAAAUCUGCAAGAGUCACAGAUCGUAGCUUUCUAUCCCUUAAAAUCCCUAUUGAGUUGCGGCUUGUCGUCAUGCCUGUACUAACUAAGCUCUCGCAGCUUCGCGAGAGUUGACCCUGUAGCCCGAGAUCUCUAAGAGUGACACGUGGCUAGUAAUUUGUUAAAUUUUGCGACAUGUGUUUCCGUAGUUUUUAGACGUCCCCAACGACAAGUCAAGCUUUGUAGAAAGCUGUCAAGCUCUGGAAUAGAAUCACAAAAAUCCUAGGUUUUGUAUUUAAUAGUUUACUUUAGGUUAAAAAUAUUGCUUCAGCGAAUCUGUGAGCAAAAGUUACACAUAUGUAUGUGAUUUUUUUAUACAAAAAUAUAUAUAACCACGUGUUCCUUCCUGGAAUGAUGCAGUUAUGGAACAUAAUUUUAUGUAUUUAACCCUUUUAUGCCUAGUAGACUCCCCCAUCCUUCUAAAUUAGAUCAAUUUAUUUCCAAAAUUAGGAUUGUCUAGUAUAUUUAUUUCUAUAUUUAAAAUAUUUCUUACAGAAAUUCCGUUAAGCAAACAGCGCAGACCCCGAUGAGACGCCGCAUAAUGCGGCGUCUCAUCCGGGUCUUCGCUGUUUGCCAAUGCCUUUUUUCUAGACCCUAGGCAUUAAUGGGUUAAAUAGUGUUCCUGACAUUAAUCUGGUCAUCUCUAUCUAUAUGAUCGGGUUAAGUCCGUAAAAUGCGAUAGAGGCAAUUAAUAGUAUACGAACCGGCCAUUAUUAUUUUUUGUUAUAUAGGUCGCGCGUGCAAAAUAUUGACGUCCGACGUCUCCUCCCGGGUCCACACCGCUAAGAUACACUGAGCGUUAGCGCUUUAUUGUAUUUCUAUAUUAGACCUUACGAUUGUUAAAAAAAUGAACAAUAAUUGUUAAUUUUUUUUUUUAAUCUAAAAUUUUAUAUAAACCUAUUUUUGUAAUUGAGAAGAGUCUGGUUUAAAUCUUACGACAGUAGUUUUGGAAUUGUCGGCAAUAUGUAACAAGUCUGUUCAAAUCGUUGAUUACACCCUGGUUUAUACACAAAAUGAACAUGUUCGGUACACAAGACGAAUAGAAAACCUGACUUUGGACCCGAUCGCGCAAUCGUGACCAUCAAGGCCAAUCUCACCGCAGAGUUGUUUUUCCAUGCUCUGACAUACAAUUUUGGUCAAUACAAUACAAUAAAUAUUAAAAAAUAACGGCAAAAUUAUUGUACCACGUGGCUCGGAUAUCAUCACGUGGUUGGUUAUAACGGCAGGGAUUCGAUAAAGCUAUGCUUGUUCCAGUCAAAAAUCUGCGCAGAGGUUGCAUCCCGGCAUAUAAAUUGUCACUUUUUUGUCACAGGGUCCUAAGUGGGGUAAUCUAUUUCUAGAAAAAUAAUAUGUGUUGUUUUGUAAAUUAUAUUCUAAAUGCAUAUUCGACAAUUUAACGUCACUGUUAACGGAAUUUUCAUAUAUUUAUAUUUAUUAUUAUUAUUAUUAUUAUUAUUAUUAUUAUUAUUAUUAUUAUCAUUAUUAUUAUUAUUAUUAUUAUUAUUAUUAUUAUUAUUAUUUGCUUAAGUAUGCAUAUAGGGGCUAUAUGUCUUAACUACAUUUUUGUGUUCACUUUUGUUGAAAUAAAACUUCGUAUAGAACAUAAAAAUGGUCAAUAAAGUUUCGAUGUUUUUUUUAAACAUUUUCAUUUUGAGAUAACAUGCUUAGACUUGGCUUGUUGGGUAUUAAUGUAAUAUAUGACUCACUUAUAAGUUAUAUGUGUGAAAAUGAAAUACUUUCUUCAACACCUUUGCUUUGCUUUCCGUUUCCAUUAAGAUAUCAUAUUUUAUGCAAAUAUUAAUUGUUAAUAGUCGUGUCAUCUAUAUUUCAAUUCAUGAUACAUGUGCAAUGAAAAACUUUAUCAAUAUAGAAUAUGUAUGAUAUUUGAAUUGCAAGAAAAAUAAAUAUGAAACGUACAGUU